AUGUCGGACGCGGUUUUCAAGAGAAAAUAUACAUCAGCGAAUAGCUACAAGGAUAGGCGGAGGAGGUUGGAAAAGGGGAGUGAAGCAGUGUCUACAGUGAACGCGUCUACAGCGACUGCAUCACCAUCCACCUCCAAAAUACGAUCAAAGAUGCAAACAAGGACAGAAUCGAUGGGUGAUUUGAAUGAUAACCACACGCUUAGCGAUACCCCAAUCAUACCAGCUAUUGAUGAAGACUGCGAUUACUGCGAUGACAGCAGUGACGACAAGGCAAUUCCAAACAGCGAAAUUACCCCUGUAGAAGCAGAAACAGAAAUAUCACAGGAACGCUCUCAGUCCGGCGCCUCCACGCUCUCCAAACGCACGUAUGCCAAAGUACGCAGCUACCGGAAUGACGCGCCUAUUGACGAGGCUGCUGGAGAGGGAUAUGGGGAGAUGCGGAAGAAGUGGGGAGUGGAUGACAGUGAUGACGAGGACGACGAGGAGCCUUCAAGCACGCAUAAAUCAUUCUCCCAGCUCCGUUCUACAGGUGUGAGCAAACGAAAUGAAGAGGAGUUAUCUUAUAUCUGCGACGGCUUUAUCGGAGAAUCACCCACUAUACGACGCUCAUCGGGUUUGAGUGUAUCGCAGAAAUUAUCCAACCACGACUGGAAGAGGUGGCUAGUCGAUAGCGAAGAGUGCCUGGAUAGGGUGUGGAUGGGUGUAACGCGGUAUAUGGGUAAUGGAGACGCGAUAUUUGACGCUAUAGCGGCUAUCAUUAUCGCUCACCUCGCUCACUCUAAUUCUCAUACUGCUUCUCCAUUGGCCUCACUCUCUCCGUCAUUCUGUAGCUCGAUUAGGAGCCUCUACCACAACAACAACUCAAGCGACGUGUUUAGAAUGAGCGAUAGGUUUCUGUCCCGAUCUGAACGACCACUGUUGAGGGAGGUCAAGGCAGCUGCUGAGAGCGCGUUCGAGAUGGAAUCGAAUGGUGAAAUCACAGUGCCUAGACUCCUCUUGCAUGCCGUUGAUGGGAUUGGUGAGUAUGUUGCACUGCAGGAUUAUGCGGAUGUUGUCCACGUCGCUUUGGAUGCUUUUGAUAGAACCAGAGUGGUAGUUGAGGAGGUGUCAUACAUAAUGCGUCUGAUGAAAGUCGUUGAAAGAUCCGCAGACGCCGCAUCGUUUGCCAUGUUGAAGAAACUGGCUGUGGUUUUCGGGUGGAUGGCAGCGCAGGAUGAAAAGACCUGCAGCAGGGAUUACAUCAAAAGUACAACGAGAGCGAUGGUUACGUUGAGUGUCGAGAGGAGGGAGUUAGCGAGACAUGUCUUUGUGACGGGAGGUGUGGCACGCGAUACUCUCACGCACCUCUCACGAUACCUCUCACAAAGAAACACAGAAGAGCACACGGCAAUUAUCACAUUGCUGCUUGGAUUGUUGAUGAAUUUGAUAGAGUUGGGGGGUGAAGUGGGUAAGGGUGUUGCCGGUAUCGCUGAUGUGUUUAAGGAGAUUACAAAAGAUGACACUAUCGCACAAAUAUUCAACAUGAAUCACUCGCAACUAAACAAUGAGACUGACGUGGGAGAAAUGUCGGACAAAGUGGUACUGUGCACGCUUACAUCGUGCAUUCUAUCGAAUUGCAUGAUAAAUAUACCGGAAUAUCAAGGGACGCUGCGCACCCAAGUGAACCUCCAAGACACAACCAAAGUACUGCGUCUUAACGAGGUUUUGGACGAUAGCCACAAGGCUAGAGUGUUAGUGGAGAAGGUAGAAGGUAUUGUAAAUAGAAAUUGA